ACAAUUGACAUUUCCUUUUCGUAAAAAUUUUUAUACGGCGUACACGUGUUUUUAAAAUGGCACCCACAGAAAAAGCUAAAAAACCUGCAGUUCAAGGUAAAAAGAAGCGCAAGCACCCCAUAAAUACCUGUUUGGGGGGUGGAAUUAUGCGCUAUUCCAAAAGUCAAAUGUACAAACGACGCGCUUUGUAUAGAUUGAUUGGCAAGAAAAGUCCUAAAGUGAAAAAGGAGAAGAUCCCAAUUAAAGUGGAGAAGAAGAUUGGCGGUCCAAAAAAUGGAGAAACUAGGGUGGUUUAUAAGAAGAAAGCUAAAGCUAACUACCCAACAAAGAAAAGAGUUCUCAAAAGGCCACCUCGUGCCUCAUUUAGUCGCCAUGUCAGAAACACCCGGAAAUCUAUGGUACCUGGCCGUAUCUUGAUUAUGCUCGCCGGAAGACAUCAAGCGAAACGAGUUGUUUUAUUGAAAGUCUUGGAUACUGGAUUAUUAUUAGUAACUGGUCCAUUUGGAAUAAAUUCAUGUCCAUUACGUCGUGUCUCUCAACGUUUUGUUAUUGCAACACAAACUAAAAUAGAUCUUGGCAAAUUCAAAGUUCCAGCCCAUAUUAAUGAUAAAUAUUUUGCCCGAAAAGAAGUAAGUAGAAAGAAGAAAAAUGUUGAAGGUAGUGACAUUUACGCCGCCAAAAAAGAAAAAUAUGUUCCAACUGAACAACGCAAGAAAGAUCAGAAAGAAGUGGAUGCUGUAGUACUGAAAGCAAUUAAAGCUCAUCCAGAACAUAAAUAUUUGGUUAAAUAUUUAAAUAAUCUGUUCAGUCUUGGCUCUAAUCAAUUCCCACAUCGUAUGAGAUUUUGAGCAGAAUGGAUUUUUGUAUUUUAAAUUAAGAUCUGGAAGGUCAUGUAUGAAAUAAAUAUAAUUUUAAAUAUUUGAUAUUUGACCAAGAAAAUAAAAGUUUUAUUUCAAAAAAAUAA